AUGAAACAAUUAACAUCACUUAAUGUCUCCAACAAUCAAAUUAGCGGUAAAGGAGCCAAAUAUAUAAGUGAAAUGAAACAAUUGACAUCACUUAAUAUUUCUAACAAUCGAAUUGGUGGUAAAGGAGCCAAAUAUAUAAGUGAAAUGAAACAAUUAACAUCACUUAAUAUUUUUAACAAUCGGAUUAGUGAUGAAGGAGCCAAAUAUAUAAGUGAAAUGAAACAAUUGAUAUCACUUGAUAUUUCUUACAAUCAAAUUGGUGCAGAAGGAGCCAAGUUCAUAAGCGAAAUGAAACAAUUAACAUCACUUAAUAUUUCUUACAAUGAAAUUAGUGAUGAAGGAGCCAAAUACAUCAGUGAAAUGAAACAAUUAACAUCACUUAAUAUUUCUUACAAUGACAUUAGUGAAGGAGCCAAACCAAUAAGUGAAAUGAAACAAUUAACAUCACUUAAUGUCUCCAACAAUCAAAUUAGCGGUAAAGGAGCCAAAUAUAUAAGUGAAAUGAAACAAUUAACAUCACUUAAUAUUUCUGACAAUCAAAUUAGUGGUAAAGGAGCCAAAUACAUUGGUGAAAUGAAACAAUUAACAUCACUUGAUAUUUCUAACAAUCAAAUUAGUGAUGAAGGAGCUAAAUUUUUAAGCGAAAUGAAACAAUUGAUAUCACUAAAUGUUUCUAACAAUCAAAUUAGUGGUAAAGAAGCCAAGUUCAUGAGUGAAAUGAAACAAUUAACAUCACUUAAUAUUUCUAACAAUCAAAUUAGUGAUGAAAGAGCCAAAUAUAUAAGUGAAAUGAAACAAUUAACAUCACUUGAUAUUUUUAACAAUCUAAUUAGUGAUGAAGGAGCCAAAUACAUCAGUGAAAUGAAACACUUAACAUCACUUGAUAUUUCUUACAAUGAAAUUAGUCACAUAAGUGAAAUGAAACAAUUGACAUCACUUAAUAUUUCUUUCAAUCAAAUUAAUGAUGAAGGAGCCAAAUCAAUAAGUGAAAUGAAACAAUUGACAUCACUUGAUAUGUCUUACAAUCGAAUUGGUGGUGAAGGAGCCAAAUACAUUAGUGAAAUGAAACAUUUGACAUCACUAAGAAAAUAA